AAAUUACCCAACGUGUGCACGAAAUUAAGGAAGUUUUCAGUGAAUUUUCAACAUAAGAAGGAAAAAAUUAAAUUAUUAAAAAGUAUUUUCUCGAAAAAUCAAGCGAAGAAGUCAUAAAAACGAUAACAUUCCAGCUAUUGAACACAUCGUCUAUUCAUAUUCCUGGAUUCCGUGUUGUGCACCACGAUUUUCAUGUGUGUUUUGAAAACGCGUGAAUAACAUCCGGUUGUGCGUGUGAAUUUUUCUUCGCUGAUAUCAGUUGAAAAUCACCAAUAAAAAGUCGAAAAUUACCAUAAAGUUACCAUAAAGCAAUACGUGAACGGAGCUUCUUGAUUCAAUCAUUUAUAUGUAUGUCUGUUUGAUGUUGUUUCUUUUUUAAGAAUUGCCGAUAACCAAACAACGAUUCCAAGUGCUUUCAUUUUCUAGUAUUAAAAAGUCCUUUUUAAAUCUUCAAAAGUGAAAAUCGAUGUCGAUACAGUUAAGUGAAAUCAAAAGAAACGCAUUAUUCGGCUAUAUAUGAAAAACCACGUAUAUGGUGUAGAGUAUACGCUCAUGAAUUUUUAAUGUCAAAUGUAAAAUAUUGAUGUCAUACGCCUGAAAAUAUACAACAGACAUUCGACACAAAACAUAACAAAAAACCGGAUAAAUUUCAAAGUUUUCUUCAUUAAUUAAAACUAUCUAGUCCCAGUUGUCUAAGUACACUCUCUAUACUACGCUUGUCUUGCUUCCAUUUUCACAAACAAUUAAACAGUUGCGCUUUUCUAGAGAAAUAAAAGCCAAGUGAACUCUCCAACGAAUUAUUCUUGUGCACUUUUCUUCUUCAACGUUGUUGUCGUCGUCCUCGUCGCCGUUUUCUUCUUAAUUUCUUGAAGAAGACACGAGCAACAGCAACUCUAGCACCUGUAAAUCACCUAAGUAGACAAAGUUUAAACUUAAUCACUCUAACACGAAGACAGAACUUUAACAUUGUGCUUGUCAAAACCAAAAGGGCAAAAACUUACUGUCUUCGAAUUUAAUCUUAAGAAUUAUAACGCUAGUCCUUCAAUCUAUUAGAUCUUUUCAAGUUAAAAAGUUAAAUUAAGAUUUUUAAAGUGAAUAGUCGUAGAACAAAUAACCAACGAAAAAAUCUACACCUAGUGUCCAACUUGUUACCAAAUCGCAAUUGAAAUAAUCAUCCAAAUCAUCAACUGAAACCUUUAGUCAGAAGAGGACAGGAAGAAAACAAAAACCACUUGAAAAAUGGCGGCAUUUAUAGCGAAACAAAUGGUUGGCAACCAAUUAAGCGCCGUUAAAGAUGCUGCAGGCGGUGGUGAUGGCGGUGAUGAUGCCGACGAUAAGGAAAAGGCAGAGGAGGAGGAGAGAGAACGUCAGGAGGCCAUCCGUGAGGCCGAAGAACGACGCAAGGAGAAGCAUCGUCGCAUGGAAGAGGAGCGUGAGAAAAUGCGACAAGAUAUUCGUGAUAAGUAUAACAUCAAGAAGAAAGAGGAGGUAGUAGAACAACAGAUGCCACAAGAGGAGCCAAAUCCACUGAUGCGGAAAAAGAAAACGCCAGAAGAGUUGGCUGCCGAGGCUGAGCAAGAAGAACUUGAUGAUUUCACGAAACUGAAAAAUCAAAUAGAAACGCAAGUAAAUGAGCUAAAAACCCAAAUAGAGGGAAAAUGCGUCAUGCAGUGAUAUGUCAACAUAAUUCUAUAUAAAUUAUAUGAAUAAUAUAAUAAUACCAAAAAUAAAUAACAACAACAUGCAUAAACAACAGCUAAAAGAUAAACAACAGCAACAAAAUAAUAUACUUCAAUAAUAUACAUAUUACAGCAAAAACACAAUAAUACAUAAUAAUAAUAAUAAAAGAGAUAAUAAAUAUAAAAUUUAUAAUAAAAUUUAAAAUGAGAGGGAUAAAUAACAAAAAACCCCACAUUCAUAUUAUAUUGGCGGAAUAUACAAAUUAUAUAUACAACUUAUAUAUAACAAAAAAAAAAUUAAACAAAUUUGAAAACGUAUAACCGAAAUGGAAGUAUAACUGCUGAAUUGCAUGAAAACAAAAUAAGGCUACAUAUAUUUAAAAAAUAACAACAACAAAUUCAACAACAACACAUUUACAUCAACAAGAACAACCAUAUAACAAAUACAACAAACAAAAUGGAUAUAUAUACAUACUAUAUACAUUUACAAUAGUCUUUACAAUAUAUAUAACAAAGAACAAAAUAAAUAAAUAAAUGAAAAAAACUAAAGACAAAUUUACAUAUAUAUAUACAUAUAUAUACAAACUUACAUACAUGUAUAGACUAUGUAUAUAAACCGUAUAUAUAUACAUAUAUAUAAUUUGCAUAAACAAACAUAAACUAACAAUCUUAACAAAACAAAAAAAUCAAGAAGCACUACUACAACCCAACAACAACAACAAAUAUAUAUUUCAAAUUUCAACGUUUAAACUGGAUACUCUCAAUCUCAAUGAAUUACAUCAAUAACUGCAUUAUUAUAUUCUCUAUUUAAAUAAAUAACAUUUAUAGUAACAACAAGAGCAACUACCAAGAAAAAAGUACUAUGCUAUAAAAAAUACUUAUAAAAUAAUACAAAACACCUAACCAUAAUUGAAGCAAAAAAAAAAAAAGAAAAACAUCCCGAACACAAUGCUGGCAACCCUUGCAUAAGUCGAUCAACAACAUCUGAAUCAAAAAGAAGAAGAACAACAAACAAUUUUAUGUUACACCUCUGUAGUUCUUAAACUAGGGAUAUGAAAAUAUUUCGAUUUUGAAAUAAUUUGAUUUUCGAUCUAUAUCGUUAUGAUGUUUUCCGGAAUGUGAACAGGGCUGUUGUUAAAAUUAGAUUAUAUUCCAAUUAGAAUUAAAUAAUAUAAAUCUGAAAUAUUUUUUCAACACCGAUUUCUAAUCAAAUUUGAUUGUUUCAUAAAAAUGUCAGUGUUAAUAGGAUGACAUCAUUUCAUAAUUUCCACAACAGCCAACUCGUUGCUAUCGAGAUAUUAUGUCCCUAUUCAAAAAGUAAAAUUUCCAUCGACUCUUUAAACAAAUACUUAUUAAAUAAAUUGGCUUGCAUAGAACUCCUUACAACAGAAAGUCCCAAACUAUCACUACAACCUUGCUGAUUAGAGUGAAAUAGUAUUAAAAAAACAGCUGCUGCUCUUAAUGAAGUGCUCCUCUCACGAACUACAAACAGACGAUUAUGAAAAAAGUAAUCGAAUAUUGAUUACUUUUGAGUACUGUAAGGAAAGAGUAAGAAAAAACGAAAAACCAAAGCCUUUAAAAAAACCAAACAAAAAAAUUUAGAAGAAAUUUGUGAAAAUCAUUUAAAAUAAUAAACUAUAGCCGAAUAGUAAAGAAUUAAUAAUUUUGAAAAAUUGACAACAUUUUAGUAAGGAAAACAAAUAACAAAACCAAAACAAAAUGAAAUGGCAAACAACAACAAAAAACAAGCAUUACUUAGGCUGUUAAUGAAUUUGAUUAAAUUGAAAUAUGGUAAUUAAACAAAAUUGAAAUAAAUCACAAAAUAAAAUUCGUAAACAAUCUAGUUAAGCUUUAAUUUCAAAGGAACUUAAAGAGAAUCGUCGUUUCCCUAUUUAUUUCUUCAAUUUGUUUGCUCCUCGACGAAAACGAAAGACAAAACAAAAAUAAACAUAAAACAGCUGCUAAUCUGUUGAUUACCCUCUCCAAACCAAUCUGAACUAAACUAUAAACUUUGUUCAACUGUUAAGUCAUCACUAUCUCUCUUUCUCUCUUACUCUCUUCAACUUAUAUAUAACUCUCUAUUAAAAAUUCACAUAAUUCUUAUUUUAUCUCUCCCUAUUUCUUCGUCUCUCUUUUUAAUUGUUCUCUGAGAUAUGACUUUUAACAAACUUAAUCUUUGGUAUUGAUGAGUUUGAUACAAAAUCUGAUACCUAUGUUAAUUUACAGAGUACUGUGUAUAUUUUUCUCUAUUUUUUGGAGUAAAAAUAUUUAGUUUUUUUUUAAUGAACAGGAAAAAUAGUUUUUUAUACAUAAACGUAAUAACACGAUGAAGCAGCUUUAUAAAUAAAAAAUUACAUAUAAUUUUGUUGUUUUCUGUAAUAUGACAAAUUAAUUGGUUUUCUAAUAUUGUUUAUUGUUAUCUUAAUAAUAAGUAGACAAUUUUGUUGUUUUUUUUAAUAUACAUACAUUUUUGUUAUGUUAACCUAUAUUAAUUAUUUAUUGAAGCGGGGUAAUAAAGUAGUUAACGGCAUAGUAGGAAUUUUUAUGGCUUUCCAACACAUCAGCAAGAUUUUUUAUUGGAAAUGACAGCUAUAUAUUCUUAUGUAAUAAUAUAAGAAGGUUCUUAUAAAUUAUUUUUAAUACAGUGCAGCAUUAAUCAUAUUCUCAUUACAUAUUCCGCCUCUACAGUACAGCUGCGGCACGAGAAUUUCUCCUUCUUUCUCUAUUCUGUUCUAUGUUCUAAUGAUUAUUUCUUAUGAUAUAUUCUCUUGUAAUAAAUAAAUUAUAAAUUAUUUUUAAUGCAGUGCAGCAUUAAUCAUAUUCCCAUUACCUGUUAUACCUCUACAGUACAGCUGUGGCAUGUGACUUUCUCCUUCUUUCUCUACUCUAUGUUCUAAUGAGUAAAAUAUCAAUGCACUUUUUUGGAUAUUCGAACCGUUGCUAAUAACCUUCUUUCAUGUUCCAGUUAUUUUUUCUUUAAGCCCCUAAAAUUUACGAUUGAAGUAUAUACUUGUUUUUAGAAAUGUAGCAUUUCUAAUGUACAUAGUCGGCAUUGAGAGAUGCCAUAAGUUUUUUCAGAUCAAUUGAUCAAAUUGAAGAUUCUUUCACUGUUUAAAUAAUAAGGAAUUAUAAAAUGUUUCAAUUCUGUUCAACCCUUAAUACCUUUCUAUCGCAACAGUGCAACUGUAGAUACCCUCUUUCCAUUAUGUUCUAUUCAAUUCUUCUCAUAUCAAAGUGUGUGAUAAUUUUCAUUAGUUUUCAUUCAUUUGAACAUUUUCAAUAAACCUUUUUAAAAAGUAACAUAAAAAUACAAAAAUGCACGUGGAAAGCUAUCAAUGUUUUGCAGCUAAUUUGCGAGCAAUAAUUAUCGAUAAAUGCAUGAAAAACGAAUGUAUGCAUGGACGUAUGUGUAUGUGCCCGCCAAAUAACGGGAGAGUCCUAGUUUGAUUCUCCGAAUCCAUGCCUAAAUCUUUUACCACAAGAAAACAAAAAACCAUAUAUAAAUAAUGACAGUUAUUUAUUUUCUUCUCUUAACAAACAAUUUUGACUAGCUUUAUUUUAGCUCUCUCUCACCGAUAACUAACAGAACUUAAUAGAAAUCUUAAAAACAAAGAAAACCAAAGCAACAGCAAAACAUGCUCUUUGACCCAAGAACUUAACACAGCUUACAGCAGGUCAACAGAGUUGCGCUCUCUCUCUUUUAUAUUUUAUUAAACUAAACGACUACUUUUCGCUCUUUACCCUUUAAUUACCCUUUUUUCUCUCUCUCCACUAUUUAAACAAAUGAAAAUCUUUGGAAAACAAAAAGAGAUUGUUUAGCAAUAAAUAUUAUAUUAAAAUAAACAACUUUAAUAUAAUUAAAAAAAAUGAGUAACCCAUGUUCUAAAACAAACAAUGUUUUCAUAUUGUAAAAAAACAGACAACAAAUUUAGUAAACGAAAAACAAAAACUAAUUGAUAAUUAAAUUCUUUUAAGUUGUUUUUUUUUAUUUUUUUCUUUAUAUUAUUUUAUUCAAAAUUAAAACGAAAAGUAUAAGAAAAAAUUGUUAUUUUAUUGGAAGAACUUUGAGAUUAUUUUUAAAAUUUUAGAGAGAAGAGAAAAGUUAUAUACAUGUAAAACAAAAUAAGGAAAAAAUACAAAACCAAAUAAAAACUAUAGGGAUUUAACAAAAAAACAAACAAAAAUGAAGUACUUAUUAACAGAAAAAACAAAAAAAAAGAA